GCUAUUCAGGCAGGGUGGUGUUGUAUUCUGCAAGUCUAAUCACAAGACACGAGAUUUUUUCCCCACGACAUCAUCGGUGUGUGGUUUUGAUCGUCAAAAACAAAUGAUGCGCGCGCGCCUGCAAAGGAGGCAGGCAGAGGGGAGGGUUUGGGGUCCAAAGCUUAAUAUUAUCAAGUGUAUUAAUGCACAGUACAGGCUAUGUUGCUUAACGACUGUGUCAGACAAGGGGGGAAACUUGUCGAUGUCGUUGUAGAACAUUCCCCGCCUCCUGAAUGAAAGUAGCCUACGUGAACCCUUUUUUCCACGCCUUCGAAAGCAAGCAAAAUACCAAGAAAUGCGAGGUUUUCACCGGAUGAGUGUUUGGUUUCUGCUUAUAACCCGAGACAACAACGGCCGUGAUGAGCUUUACGUCUGAUAAAAUGCUGGCUGAAAGCAGUACUGUCAGAGGUGAGGUGGCGUGGUGCUGCUGACAGAUAUGGAGGUGGGAGGUCUGCCUGUCGAGCUUUGGCGCCUCAUUCUAGCAUACCUGCCUCUGCCAGAUCUGGGUCGAUGCUGUCUGGUGUGCAGAGCCUGGCGGGAACUCAUUUUGAGUUUGGACAGCACACGUUGGCGCCAGCUCUGUCUAGGAUGCCCUGAAUGUCGUCACCCAAAUUGGCCCCGUCGCCCCCACCUGCCCCCGGUCUCCUGGAGAGAGGCUCUCCAUCAGCAUGCUCUUGCCAGCCGUACCUGGACCCAGAACGGCUCGGACCUCCACUCGUCUGCCUGCCUCCAUCUUUUCCGCCGGAGGAAAGACCGCAGGGUUUGGCAUGUUGGGACCGUGGCAGGAGGCGGCUAUGAGACUCUCAGGGGAGCGCUGGCUGCUGCAGGGCCGUACGAUAAGUUGGUGCUCCACGCGGGUGUGUAUGAGGAACAGGUGGAGGUGUCCCUCAAGGUGCCUGUGGAGAUUUUAGGAAUUGGCAAGCUGGGGGAUGUGUCGUUAUUAGUGAGCUUUGAUCAACAGUGUCCGACGGCAAGGCUGUGCAAUCUGGUGUUCAUGCCAGCGUGGUUUACACCUGUCGUUUAUAAGACGUCUUCUGGUCAUGUCCAGUUGGACAACUGUAACUUUGAGGGCUGUCAGAUUCACAUCCGGGGUCCAGGGACGUGUCAGGCUCGUUUCUGCUCCUUCGCCCAGGGCAGCUCAGCCCAUUUCCUGGGGGUGGCCAUCAGUUUAAUGGACAGUUGUGAAUUCUCAGGGGGAGAUUCUGCCUCUGUCACUGUGGAAGGUGCUCCGGUCUCUGAACGCAACUGGGCCUUCAAACACCUGGUCGCUUUGGCCAAGACCUUCACCGUGAUGACUAGUAAUGGGUCUACUGAAAUAUCAAAUCAGAGUGGAAAAGACACUAUGGGUGCUGGUAAUCAUGGAAACAAACCCUUGGAAGGAGUAAACACAAUGGCGGACUGGAGUAAACAGGAAGAAGAUUGGGAAACAAACUGGGCAAAACAGAAAUGUAGAGACAGCCUCCUUCCAGCUCAGGAUGGUACAAUGAUUGAGGAGGAUGGCAUUGAAACAUCGAGUGUGUCAAGUGAGGAAGACGUCGAGCAAGACUGCGAGAAAAGCACAUGCUUAAAACUUUCAUUUGACCAACACGGACUAGCGCAUCUCUCCGAAGCGGAUAUGCCCGAUUCUUCUGCCUUUCCUGCGCUGUUGAGUCUGCCUGCAGAGCUACAGAGAGAUACAGAGGCGAGGGAUUUGGCUGCAUCGGUUCAAGGUUGUCUGCUGCGCCGCUGUCUGCUGCGUGAUGGAAAAGGUGGUGUUCACCUGUGCAAUCAUGGUCAAGCUCGACUGGAGGCCAAUGUGUUCAGGGGUCUCAACUAUGCAGUGCGCUGCAUCCAGAAUGCCAAAAUGGUGAUGUUGCGUAAUGAAGUGUGUGGGUGCAAGGCGUCUGGUGUGUUCCUGCGACUCUCUGCUCAAGGUCUCAUUGCUGAGAACAACAUUCAUUCCAAUGGAGAAGCGGGACUAGACAUCCGCAAAGGGGCUAAUCCUAUCAUACUGUGUAAUAGAAUCCACAGUGGCUUGCGUUCCGGGAUCGUUGUCCUGGGCAACGGAAAAGGUUCUAUCCGCAGCAACCAAAUCUAUGGCAACAAGGAAGCUGGCGUGUACAUUCUGUUUAAUGGCAAUCCCGUUGUCAGUGGAAAUCACAUUUUCCAGGGCCUAGCUGCAGGAAUUGCCGUAAAUGAGAAUGGAAGAGGACUGAUCACUGAGAAUGUUAUUAGGCAGAAUCAGUGGGGUGGUGCUGACAUCCGUCGAGGAGGUGAUCCAGUCCUGCGCAAUAACUUCAUCUGUUACGGCUUCUCAGACGGAGUGGUGGUGGGAGAGCGAGGGAGGGGCCUCAUUGAAGGCAACCACAUAUACGGCAACAGAGGCUGUGGAGUAUGGGUAAUGUCAUCUAGUCUACCUCAGCUCAUUGGAAACUAUAUUACCCAUAACCGCAUGUAUGGGUUAGCCGUAUUCUGUCGGAAGGACACAGAUUCUGCCGUGGGACGAGAGGGAUAUCGCUCUUUACAGGAAAGAGAGAGAGGAAUAGGGGUUGGAGAGAGGGACAGAGGAGGGCCGGAGAACUUCAAUGAGGAAGGAGAACUGAUGGCAUGGGAAAGUGAUAUCGAUAGCGAAGAUGAACGCUUUUCCUCCCGCCGGCCAAUCACAGUGGCUCUAGUGGAAAACAACUGCAUUAGCCACAAUGGAGCUGUUGGAGUGUAUGUGAAGAGCAGUGAGCCUCUGAACGUGGUGGCCAACAUGGUGAAGAAUAACACGGGAGCCGGCGUGUCUGUCAUUCAGAGCGCUCAGCUAACACGUUUAGUUGGAAACUGUGUCCUCUGUAACGGCUGGACGGGAGUGACUGUGGACGGAGAGUGUCGAGUCGAGCUCCGCGGCAAUGGGGUUUAUGCCAAUAACUGUCACGGUGUCUGCUUUCGAGGCGAUGGGCUGAUUGUGGAAAAUGAUGUGGUCGGAAAUAAUUCUGUUGGAAUUCGAGUGAUGGACAAUGCAGAUGUUAAAGUUUUGAGGAAUCGUGUUCAGGCGUUGCAGGGUUAUGGGAUUUCUGUCAAGGAGCGGGUCCGAGGUGUGGUUCAGGAAAACCUGGUUUAUCAAGGCCACCCCACAAGUACUAAAACCCCUAUACGGACAAACGCACAGAACCUGGAGUGUGUUGUACUUAACAACUCUCUGCUCACACCCAGAUCACAAGCACUUUGGGCUUUGGAAAACCCACCUCCUCGUCCCCACAGUAGCAACCCUUCUAGCGUCACCCCGUCCACACUUCCUGCUCACCUUGCCAUCACCGUGACAAACAGAAUCACUGCCUCUGUAGAAAGUGGUUGCCAUAAUAACGGCAGCAUCUUCUGCUCGAUUUUAUGAGGUACGUAGUUCCCGGCUCAACAUCAUCAGAUGGAAAUUCAUCAAAAGUCCCCUCAAUGUGAGAACCCCGGGUGAAGAAGGAGAUAGAAGAGGUCUAGGCCCUGCUUCGACAUGUGGGUUGGAUGACGGAAAAUCAAGCUUCAAGCACCUGCAGUUCAAAUGCACUUUUUCGAUCUGAAAUGAAUCAUCCCACUCACUCGAAAUGGAAGUGAAGCUGGUCUGGGAUCAGUGUUUCUGAGCAACUUACUGGAGUAUUUUAUCACGUACCUGAAGUCUGUUUGGCUACCAAUCCAGCUGAAAGCCCAGUAAACAGGGCAAUUUACUGAGACAAAACUAUUUCUGGAAGUGAUUCAAAUCAAGCUUCUAUUCAACAAAAUCUUCUGUGAAUCAAUAAGACGCAUGGAUUUAAUUGUCCAGUCAACCUAGAGGCUGUUAUUAUCAUUUCAGACAUUCACACAAAGUCAGGAGGGAGAAAGGGACUCAAGGGAAGUAGAAGAGAGAGACAUGUCACGUGGCUUACGCUCUCUCUCUUCCCAAAAGACCAGAACCAGUGCUGAAAAUAGAAGACAAACAAAUUCAGUGCACAGCAGGAAUUGUAGUCCUGCUGAGAUUCUGUAAUGGACAAGAAUAAAGCAGCUAAUCAUGAGCUGGCAGAAUCUGUUGCAUUACAUCAAGCAGCAAUUCAACUUUACAUGAGCACAUUAUUGAAGGGUUUUGUUCUUGUGUGACAUGGCAGUCCAGCCCAAACUGGCUGAAUAGAAAGGUUUGAAGAUUUUUUUUUAAAGAAAAAAUACGAUUUAAACACCCUAAAGGAAUAGUCUGACCUAAAUAUGUUGUCGUCAGUACCCUCAUGUCAUUCUAAACCAGUGAGUUUUCUGUGGAACACAAAAGAAGAUAGAAAAAAAAAUGAUGAGAACCGAAAGGGUUUGGAUGUCAACAUGCUUCAAAAUAUCUUCUUUUGUGUUUUUACAUGCAUACAGAUUUGGAACAACUUGAGAGUGAGAAACUAAUGACAAUAUUUUUUUGUGUUAAGUAAUAACUAUCCCUUUAAAUGUGAUUUCACAGGCACUGAUUUAAUAGGCCUAUCAUUUAUUCUGAACUGUAUAGCAGUGUUGAGCUUUACUGACAUGAUAUGCAAUGGCCGCUAUGAUUGGCUUUUUACUAUUGGAGACAAGAAGCAAGAUUAUCACAGGUUUCCCGCUAAAUACAACCAUAUGAAAAACCUUUUGAACCAUACUAUAAUGUCAAAAACCUUUGUAGGUAAGAAAUUAAAGAGACUAGUGAUGAAUUGUAACUUCAGGUAGUUAUCCUAAAGUAGUCACAGGGCUUGAAACUGGUUGGAUUUCUUAAAGAGACCUCGGCUGUGUUGAGAAUGGAAUACUAGCUUACUAUUUACUGAAUAUUGCACAGUAUAUAUUGUAAAUUGCCUUUUCUUUUUUAAAGAUGCUAAAUCAGUAGGUGUCAUUCUGAAUCCGGUAACACUGUUGUCAUAUGAUCUCAUGGCAUGUGAGGUGUCAACUUCAAUAUUCAAGGUUAUUUUGCAGUAAAAAAGAAAAGUGUAAAUACUGAUUGGGCAUCCUGAACAUUUACACAGAAUACAUACUGCAGGAAUAGUAUGAAAGUAUGCCAUUAGGAACAUAGCCCAUCACUAAAAUUAGGGAUAUUGUAAUAUGAUUUCAUCCCAGAAUACUAGUAAUUAUUUAUCGAAAGAUAGCCAUCUUAUGUUAGAUUUACAGCACGCUGUUAUUAUUUUUGUAAUGUUUUCAUACUAACUGCUGGUUUGAUUUAUAAAGUGCAAUAUGUAUCUUCUAAAAUGUGCCUAUUUUUACAGUAUGGUUUUUAUACUUGUUGUGCUGUACAAAUAUAAUCACUAUUGUAGCAAA